GUCAACAGGAGGAGGGAGUAGGCGGCUUGAGAGCGAGGGUAUUUAAUCCCCUCGUCCUCCGCCUAUUCUCUCCGUCCCAAUUUUAGUUACCUUAUUCUUUCUCCCUUCUUGGCCUCGUUUCUUGCACCGCCGCCGGCGGAGAAACAGAGAGGUAUAUAUAGACAGAGAGCGAGAGAGUUUCGUCGCCGACGCCGCCGUCGCGCAUACCUUUCUCAUGUUCUGUUCUCACUGAGCUCCCGGGCCCUCUCGCUGCCGAGAUUCUUAUCGCUUCUCUUCUUCGCUUUUGUUUACAAUCUUCUCCUUGUUCGUUGUUUUGCGGUAGAGAGAAGGCGAGAGAGAGAGAGAGAGAGAGAAAAGAAGGGAGAGGAGAUGAAGUACGUGUUGGUGACGGGGGGAGUGGUGAGCGGGCUGGGGAAAGGGGUGACGGCUAGCAGCAUAGGAGUCGUCCUCAAGGCGUGCGGCCUCCGUGUUACGUCCAUCAAGAUCGAUCCAUAUCUGAACACUGAUGCUGGAACGAUGUCCCCGUUCGAGCAUGGAGAAGUGUUUGUUUUAGAUGAUGGUGGCGAGGUGGACUUGGAUCUUGGAAAUUACGAACGGUUCCUAGAUAUCAAAUUGACUUGUGAUAACAAUAUCACCACUGGGAAGAUCUACCAGUCUGUCAUUAACAAGGAGCGGAGGGGUGACUAUCUAGGGAAAACAGUGCAGGUUGUGCCACACAUAACAGAUGCCAUACAAGAGUGGAUAGAACGUGUGGCCGUAAUACCUGUGGAUGGCAAAGAAGGACCUGCUGAUGUUUGUGUUAUAGAAUUGGGUGGAACUAUAGGAGCCACGAUCUUUUCACGGCAUAACAACAAUGGAAUUCUUGAUGCAGGGGAUAUUGAAUCAAUGCCAUUUAUUGAAGCACUAGGUCAAUUUUCUUAUCGUGUAGGUCCUGGUAACUUCUGUCUGGUUCAUGUCAGUCUUGUGCCUGUUUUGAGUGUAGUUGGUGAACAGAAAACUAAGCCAACUCAACAUAGUGUUCGUGGUCUAAGAGGACUUGGGUUGACACCGAAUAUCCUGGCUUGUCGCAGUACUAAGGUGCUGAAUGAAAAUGUAAAAGAAAAACUCUCACAGUUUUGCCAUGUUCCGGCAUCAAAUAUCAUUACUCUUAAUGAUGUUACAAAUAUAUGGCACAUUCCUUUACUAUUAAGGGACCAGAAGGCACAUGAUGCAAUUUUAAAAGUACUGAACCUUCAAGGAGUUGCACGAGAGCCAGACUUGGAUGAAUGGACAAAUAGAGCUAAGCUCUGCGAUUCAUUGCAUGAUCCUGUUAGGAUUGCCAUGGUUGGAAAGUACACUGGUCUUUCUGAUUCUUAUCUCUCUGUAUGGAAGGCUCUUUUGCAUGCUUCUGUUGCAUGCCGUAAGAAACUUGUGGUGGACUGGGUUCCAUCUACUGAUCUUGAAGACACUACUGCAAAAGAGGCACCUGAUGCUUAUAAAGCUGCUUGGAAUCUAUUGAAGGGUGCAGAUGGCAUACUAGUUCCAGGAGGUUUUGGAGACAGAGGUGUUCAAGGGAAAAUUCUUGCUGCUAAAUACGCCCGCGAGAAAAAUGUUCCAUACCUUGGCAUUUGUCUGGGCAUGCAAAUUGCUGUGAUUGAAUUUGCCCGUUCUGUUAUGAAUUUGCAAGAUGCAAACAGCACAGAGUUUGACCCUGAUACAAGAACUCCAUGCGUUGUUUUUAUGCCAGAGGGCUCCAAAACUCACAUGGGAGCAACGAUGCGUCUUGGAUCAAGAAGAACAUAUUUCGAGGUUACUGACUGCAAAGCUGCAAAGUUGUAUGGCAAUGUUAGCUAUGUAGAUGAACGGCAUCGACACAGAUAUGAGUCACAGGUCAAUCCUGAUAUGGUUGCAAAAUUUGAAAGUGCUGGCCUUGCAUUUGUUGGUAAAGAUGAAACUGGAAAACGUAUGGAGAUUAUUGAGCUGCCUGCCCAUCCAUACUUUGUUGGUGUCCAAUUUCAUCCAGAGUUCAAGUCGAGACCUGGAAAACCCUCAGCACUUUUCUUAGGACUGAUAGCGUCCUCAUGUGGGCAAUUGGAUGCUUUGCUGCAAAAUCCAAGUCAACCUAACAAGCACAUCCCUGCAAAGAUUUCAAGUAAUGGUGUUUUCUCACCAAAGGUCUAUCCAAAUGGGCAUCAAAAUGGACAUGCAUACAAGCCUGUUAAGAGCCUGGUAAAUGGAAACUACUAUGCAAAUGGUAACGGUGUGCAUGUCUAACGCAUUGGCCAGUUGACUGUGGCUUUUGUGUUUUCCCCUCUCGUGCUUUUCUUCUUGUCAAUUUUGGUUCUUCCGGAUUGGAUUGGCCUCCACGGUCAAGCGAGGAGAAAGAUUUACUCUUGAUAGACUGCUGCAAGAAUCAAGCUUGUUCCAUGGUUUUAAAAGGAACAACCUUUUCCUUGCAAACAACUGGGUUUUAAGGGUGUAUUUAUGUUUCAUUUCUUUAUAGAUUUAAAAGUGCUGGAUAUUGUUGAUGGGGACUUUGCUACGACUACAUGUACAUUGAGAAUAACUUUUUGCAGCAGCCGGUUCUAUUUCCUGCUAGGGACUUCUUGCUGCGGCGUCGAAUUGAGUGGCUUCUCUUUUAUUUAUGUGCUGGAGGAUGAUACCAAGCAGUAGUAUUUCAUGUUUCGUGGGCAUCGCUCAGCUGGAGCCUUGAUCACGCUUAAUCUUGAACUGGGAAUGUAACAACUCGUGACUUACUCUUUUAGUGAGAUUUCUACAGUUGGCUUUUAGCUUUUCAGUUAGGGAUGAAUGAAUGCAAUACGAAGGGUGGUGGUGAGAGUGUGCCUCUGGUUGCUUUGUAAAUGGAACUCUUGCAAGUUGAAUUAUUAUGGCUGCCCUUUAUGGUGUUUGUUUUGUUA